CAAGGGUUGCCAGUCGCGACUUCGGGUGAAGGUGACUGGGAUUGCCUUGGGGUAGGCGGGGGCUUCGUUUCCACAAAGUUAUUCUGCCGAUAGGCCAGGGAGGGGGGCUGGAAGAACUCCAGCCAAGAUGGCGGCGCCCCUGUCGCCCUUGGUUACUGGGCGCUGCUUCUUAAGGGCUGCCGCUCGACACGCCGUUCUCCUGUUACCCGGCUGGACUGAGGCCGGCGCUCCGCGGAAAGCAUACACAGUACAGGCAGCUGAGAAAGCAGUCAGUGGCAGUAUAGCAGAUGCUAAUUCCAAAGCCUUGUUGGUUUGCAAUGGACCUUUAGAACAUUAUGAAUUUCUGAUCAAAACAGGGGACCUGAGGAAUGAUGAACAACAACGAAAAGUCAUACAGGUCCUCCAGAAGCUACAUGAAAGCCUUAAAGGGUACAAUAUCAGUCCAAAGCGCAUUUUAUCAAAGUUUUUCACAAGAGAUAAACCACCAAAAGGUCUUUAUGUCUAUGGGGAUGUUGGCACAGGAAAGACAAUGGUGAUGGACAUAUUUUAUUCCCAUAUAGAAGUAGAAAGAAAAAAGAGAGUCCAUUUUCAUGGCUUCAUGCUUGAUGUACACAAAAGAAUACAUCGCCUGAAACAGAGUUUACCAAAAAGAAAACCUGGAUUAAUGGCUAAAUCAUAUGACCCAAUAGCCCCGAUAGCAACUGAAAUAAGUGAGGAGGCUUGUCUCUUGUGUUUUGAUGAAUUUCAGGUAAGUAAUAAUAGAAGUGGAAGAGCCAGUCACCCUUCUCUCUUGAAGAUGGGAAGUAGAAGCAGCUGGGAGAAGACAAGGAAGAAGCCUGACCAGAACCUCUAUAAAAAUGGGCUCCAGAGAGCUAACUUUGUGCCAUUCAUUGCUAUUCUAAAGAAAUAUUGCAGUACCAUCCAGCUGGAUUCUGGAAUAGACUACAGAAAACGAGCUCUACCUGCAGCCGGAAAGCUAUAUUACCUCACAAGUGAAGCUGAUGUGGAGGCUGUCAUGGAUAAGUUGUUUGAUGAGCUGGCUCAAAAACAAAAUGAUUUAACUAGACCAAGGAUUUUAAAAGUACAAGGCAGAGAGCUGAGAGUGAAUAAAGCGUGUGGAACCAUUGCAGACUUCACAUUUGAAGAGCUAUGUGACAGACCACUUGGAGCCAGUGAUUAUUUGGAAAUAGCCAUGAAUUUUGACCUAGUCUUUGUUCAUCACAUUCCUAUAUUCACAAUGGCAAAAAGGACCCAAGCUCGACGCUUCAUUACUCUUGUUGAUACUUUUUAUGAUAAGAAGGUGCGUAUUGUUUGCUCUGCAGCAGCUCCGCUCCAAAGAAUAUUUGUUCUAGAACACCAUGAUAGUGGACUGGAUGAAAGCAGGGUGAUGAUGGACGAUUUGGGGUUGAGCCAGGAUUCGGCUAAAGCACUUUCUAUGUUCACGGGAGAGGAGGAGAUUUUUGCCUUUCAGCGUACCAUGUCACGACUCACUGAAAUGCAGACUGAACAGUACUGGAAAGAUGGGGACAGGAGCAAGAAGCCAUUGUAAAGAAAAAGUGAACAAAAACAAACGCAAAUAAUAAAUGAGAGGAAGAAAAGUUCCAACUUAAAUACAAAUUAUUUUUUAAUAGACAUACUAACAAAAUAUUGCACUUUAUUCGUCAAAUCUUUUGCCUUUAAAAAAAUUAUUGUUAAAGAGUAAGACUUACAUAAUAAUACAUUGGUGGGGAAUAGUUUUGUGUCUGUGUGUAUGUGAUUUUUUUCCCUAGCCUAAAAAGAAGUCUGCAUUGAAAAAGAAUCAAAAACCAUUUUCAAUGUACUACCUGAAAGAAAAGAAAGAAAAAUGUGCACUGACAGAUCAAAUGCCUCAUCUCUAUAUAACAUAUUUAUCAAAAUAGCCAGCAGGUACAUUAACUGUAUCUUCUAGCACCUUUGCACCUCCGGUCUUUUGGUUACAGAUAAGUUAUAAAAUUGCACCUUCGAUACUCUUGAAUUUCUCUACAUUGUUUUCUUCUAGCCAGCAAUUGAAAAUAAAAGUGGGGUUCUAGCCAGAAAAAUGAAAAAGUCAAUUAACUGGAUAAGCAUCAGAGUGAACCUGUAAGCAGAAUAGGGUCUGCUAUGACCUACAAUAGGGUUCUGUGUACGCCAGUCCUCUCAUGUAGGACUGGUGUACAAGAUUUAAACUGGACUUUGUACAGGGUCUGCAAAUAGACUUUGACUUAGCACUGCUAGAAGUUUCCUUUCUUCCCUCCCCACAAAGACACUUAUCCCAUAUAAUUAUUCACAGGAGUGUUCAGUAGAUACAAAUUUGAACAUUUCCCCCUCACCCCUGGAACUGUUGAACAGAUACACAGAUACAAGCUUUCAGUGUUUCUGUUUCUCCCAGUAGCUACUAAUCCAGUGUAAUAUUGGUAUAACAUAGUCAUGUUCUUACAUACUCCCAGCAGCACAGAAAAAAGUAAUGCUUGUAGGCAUUCAUAGUGAUACAGGACACCUGAAGAAGGCCUUCUGUUGAAAAUCUUCAUGUAUGUGGAGGCUCAGGUAAGAGGCAAGUCUUCUUUCAGAAAUUCCAGUCUUAUGCCUCUCUAGCCCAUUACCGUAUCCAGAUGUUAGUUCAACAUUUCCACAGCAUCACUUGCCCUAGAUGAUGUGUAGAAAUAGAGAAUAGUGUUAUCAGUGUACUUGUAGCACAUAAUUUCAAGUCAUGUGUAAGUAUUACCUGAACUUUUCUCUACAAAUACAAUCACCAAGUGAAGGUAAUGCAAACAUACCGUCGAAUUCAUGCAUGCUAAGUUGCAAAACAACUACUACCAAAAAACCAUUGUGUCCCAUGGGAUUUAAGCAUGACUGACUCUUUAGAUUGGGGUCCAUGUUUAUUAUGGUUAGUCACUUCAUAGUUUUGCAUACUUGGAAUAUAGGACAUAUUUCUGUUCUGAACUCAUUUCAUAAGAUUGCAUUCUUACAGUGCAAGCAUUCCAAACCUGAGAAUGCAUGGCUGCUACAAAAGGCCACCCUAUGUUUGGUGCUUCAUGGGGAAGCUGUUUAUUUAAUUUUAUAAGUACUGUGAUUGCAAAUAUUGAAAUAUUAGACUAGGCAGGGAAGCAUCUGUAUAGAAAUUUUACAUGCAGCAGUUACAGCAAAUAUUGUGGAGGAUCUCUAUCCCAAGAUUAAAUGCAGUUGCUUACUUUCAUGCAAGCCCAUGGUAAAAGAUUUGUUGUUGCUUAAUGACUGAAAAAGUAAGUAAUAUAUCACAAUAGGAUAGUUUAAAUGUCCUUUUAAAGAAUUUUUUACUUGAUGUAUUAUAUUUCUGAGUACAGCAAGCCCACUUAAAAUGGAAUUGGCAUGUGCCAUUUUUCCUCUUGUAUAAUAAGACAGAUCUAUUUGUAAAUAAAUGUGUUAUUAAUUACAGAGAAUUACUACAGCCACAUUGAUUCCAAUUACCAGAAUCUUAAAGUAACAAGUUUCAUUAUUUCAAAGUUGGCAACUCAAAUCAGAUGCAUAAAAUUUAAUUUUAAAUUGACACAUGUGCAUUUAAAGUAGUGGAGCUUGGUCCACCAAAGUGUGGGACAUAAUAAAUGUAUUUUAUUUAUUUGCUUUUAAAAUGGUCUAAGAGUAUUGAUUGCUUCUGCUGCAACAGAAGAACACUGCUCCCCCUUGGGAAAUGGAAAUACUUACAUAUUCCUCUCCCAUAUACACCUGGCAUUAUUUCCAUCUAUUGUUCAUGUUGUUUCUAUAUUUAGCUUGUGAGCCUCAUAGGUUUAAAGCAUCGUGUAUAUGCAUGUUGCUUUAUAAAAAUAAGAUUUUUGUCACAUUAUUUGCCCAAUAGAAUAGAAAACUGAGUAGGUAGGUCACGUAAUCUUUUGAUUCCAUUAGUAACAAUGGAAUUACAUCAGUGACAAUGGCUUGUAAAUCUGAGCUUGUUGUUAUAGGUUUUUUUGUUCCUUAAUGGUUACUAACUUGCAUUCUAAACAUCUGAACUUGAGAUGUCUGCCAAAAAAAUAAAAAAAUGGAACAGCUGAAGGACAUAGCUUUAUAUAGAGUCAAGAUGUCCUUCCUGAGCUUCUGACACUGUGCAGACUUGAGGACAGAAAAUGUGAACCGCCCAGAAAGCUUCAGCUGUUGGAUGGUAUAGAAAUUAAAUUCAUACAUACAGAUCAUAUAUACUUACAUAAAAUAAAUUUCAAUCAGUCUUGGUGACAUUUCAAAGAUUUCUUAAUGUCCUCUAUGCUCAUAUUCUUCUAACAAUAAGAUAGAAUAAAGGACUGUAUCAUUUUAUUUAAGGUAUGGACAAAGUUUAUAAAGUUUACAUUGAAACAGUGAUAGUUUGCAUACAUGCUGAAAAAUGUACACAUAGGGUUCAAGCUUAGAUUACCUGUAAACAGAACAAUUGUUUGAAUGUCAUUUGUGAAGACUAAAUAUUUAAUUCAUAAAAUCUUGAAAAGUUGCUAAACUGUUAGAAACGAGGGUGAUCUGAGGGUUAGCAGAGGACACUUGAGCACUGAACCAAGGAGGCUUCAAGGCCAGGCUGUGGUGUAGAAUAACCAGGGCUCCCUCAGUCCUGUGUUGUGGAGGAGUCGGAAUCCACACUCUGUCACUGAUGCUUAGUAAUCCAUGUUUGCCCAGUGCUGCUUCUGUCUUUUCUCUUACCAGAGAAUGUCCAAUUUUUUGAGAAGGAUGGAAGAAUAAUGUCCAUUGAUAUAGAUGCCCAAAGUGCUACUCUUCCAUAAUUUUAAGAAGUGUGUUUUUAAUAUGGGCAUUUAUUAAUACUGCCAGACAUAUUCAAAAUAAUAUUAGCUGUUUACACCAUUCUUUUCUCUCCUUUUAAAGAAAAAACAUAUUUUAAGUAGCUUCAAAGCCUUCUCCUGGCAAUACACACACACACCCCAAUAAAAGAAAGAAAAAUCAUACAACCACUUAAAUCAGUUUUCUGCAAUCUGGGGUGUGUUGUGCUUCAAUUAUGCCUGGACUCAGGAAGAAAAGUGAAGGGAAAAGCAUGGGAGCUAGACCUUAACAGUUUUCCUCAGCCAGACUUUCCCAGACUGCUGCUCUUCAGAUGUUUAGGACCCCAACUCCCACCAUCCCCAGCCAGCAUAGCCUAUGGACAAGAAUUCUAGGUGUUGUGGUCCAAAACAUCAGAAGAGCAGCAGGUUGGGGAAAGUUGACUUAAAUAAUAUUAUAGUGCUAUGUUCCUGUAAUGCAAUGUUGAGAAGGGGGAACCCUGUUCAGUCACAGGCCUUUCUAGCAAAUUGGCUAAUGCAAAUCACCAGAACUGUGUUUUUAAUUGUUUUAUUUCUAUAUGGAGAGAUGAAAGCCCUUCUCAAGUAGUUCAUAAAUUACCAAUAAAUGUGCUAAUGAUGGAAGCCCCUUCCAGAAUUUCACAGACAGAUGUUGGACUACAGCUUUCCAUCUCUGCACAUUGGCCAUGUUUCCUGGUGCUGACAGGAGCUGGAGCCCAACAACAUCCAGUGAGCCACAGUUUGCUUACCCCUGCUCUAAACUGUAAACCUGUGUCUGUGCCCCACUGCAGGUGAGAGCUCAGUUGGGUGAAAGUUCCUCCAUGCAAACGAAAACAAUUCUCCAGUGAGAAGGGAUUUAGUUUGGUCCUCUAUCUGAGCCCCAGGUGGUCCUUCAAGGAGUCUUUUCUAUGUCCCUUUACCAAGGGAAACAACUUGUGUGGGAACAAAGGAGCAGGCCUUCUCCCAGUGGUGGACUGCCUUUGAAAUAUCUUUCUGAUAGGAAUUCUCCCACCCCUGCUGCCCCCCAGGUGUCCUGGAGCAUAGCUCACAGCAUCCCUAGCCAUUGGCCUUGCCGGUGGCAUGGGAUGGGCACUGAAGUUGAAAAUAUCUGGAGGGCACUAGAGGAAGGAAGGCUGCUAUAGAAACUUGACUGGUGCUGAUGUUACUCCCAUUCUAGUGCCAAGUAAAAACCUAUUUAUUAUAACUAGGCAUGUGAAUGCUGCAAAGCUAGUUUGUUCCGAGACUGUUGUACUGUUUUUAUGUUUCUGAGGUUGCUUCACUGUACUGCUUUUGUGGCAUGCUUUCAUUUUUUUCAUGCCUCUUGUAUUCCACCGUGGUCUAUUAGCAUGAAGGGCUAAUACACAAACAAGUUAAUAUGAAGCAGGUUGAACAAUUUUAAUAAAAAUAAAGCAGAUGGA